CGCAGAUCUUAUGUAUCCAACGACGGUCAAAAAGCUCUCCAUAUUUGGCGGUUCCCUAAUCGUUUUAAAACCCAUUGUUGGUCUCCUUCCAUCGGUGAAGUCUGCCUGUUGUUCGCGAUUUGAACCUGUUUCCCUUAAAACCCUAGCUUUCUCUGUUUCCUUUAAAGUCAAUGGCACCAAAACGAUCAAUUCCCUUGGAAGAUCCACCGCCUGCUUCUUCGUCUUCUGAAGAGGAAAGCUCCAGUGGGGAAGAAGAGGAAGAAGAAGAAGACGGAGACGACGGAGCAGAGGCAAAGGUAGAGGGAUCUUCAACUGAAGAAGACGAAGCUAACGAAAAACAACAAAAGCCUUCUUCUCAACUCCCACAGAACCAAACGUCCAAGCCAGUCCCCGAGAAGUCCCAUUUCACCACCCAGCAAGCGGGACCCGAGUCCGACUCUGAUGGGUCUGAAACUGAAACCGACUCCGAUGAUGACCUACCUAAUCGUGCCCUUGGCACUACUGUCAAGCCCAUUGCUUCGAAGCUCAUUGAGGAGAAUCCUCUUAAAACAACGAAGCAUAGGUCCAAGUCCUUGGCAUCAACUCAGGUUGCCGUCAAGUCAACGGCUGCGGUGAAGAGGGGCGGUGAAACGGAUCGAGAUCCGAAGGACUCUAAGCGGAGCAAGAAGAAGGAUUCAGAAUCCGAUGGUGGCGUUGAAAAGCCUGACGAUAUAAAGAAACAGCUGUUUCAACGGCUCUGGAGCGAGGAUGAUGAGAUUGCGGUUCUAGAAGGCAUAAUUGAUUUCACUGAAAAGAAAGGAGUUGACCCUGCAAAGGACAUGAACUCUUUUCUUGAUUUCAUUAAGAGUUCGCUUCACUUUGAUGUUUCUCUAAGCCAGUUGAAGGAUAAGGUUUGGAGAUUAAAGAAGAAGUUUGAGAAACAUGUAAGCAAAGGGAAAAUGGGUGAAGAUAAGACAUUUUCUAAAGCCCAUGAUCAAAAAACUUUUGAUUUGUCGAAAAAGAUAUGGGGCAGCGAAGCAAGUAGCGGGGGAGGAGUGGAUUUGGUUCUUAAGUCUAAUGGCAAGGGUAGGAAGAAUGGCAAUAAUAGUCAGAAAGGUAAGAGUUUGACUGCGUUGAAGGCAGAGCUGGGUGCUGAUAUAGAGAAGGAGAAUGAGAAGGUGGACAAGAUGGAGGUUGAAAUGCAGAGUCAUUCUGGUAAGAAACACAUUCUACAGUUUGAUAAGAGAGUGUGUGUUGCAGGAACCGAAGAUUAUGUGGUACACAGGGGACUGGAUAUGUUGGAGGGUCCAGCUAAAAAGCCUGAGAUGGAAGAGAAAUGGAGGAAGUUGCAUGUUGCUGAGUUAGAGUUGUUUCUGAAGCGCAAUGAGUUGAUAAGGGAGCAGGCAAAGCUGAUGUUGGCUUCCUACAAAACUGAGUAGGAUUAGGGAAGGUAUAAAUUGUGGCUUUCUUGGUUGGUUUUAUGUUAUAGUAAAGCUAGGCUAUUGUUUAUUUUCUGUUUGGUUGUUAUGAAACAUUUAUUCUUUUCAUUUGGAGAGAAUUUUCUGCAUGUUUAGGCCAAAUUUAGGUUAAAAAUAAUAUAUACUCCAUAAAGCAGAGUACUUUCUUUCUUGUGUUUGUA